UCCCCCCAGUUUUAUUCGUACGAGCAGGACCGGCGGCGCCGGGCCUCUCGCAUUUUUCCGCGGGUAGCUACCCGUGACCUUUUUCCGUUUGGCGCGGCAGUUCCGACACCAGCGGGUGUUGGAACUUAAAAGGCGCCAUCAUUCCUUCCACAAUAGGGUCGUCACACCUCACCAACCUGUCUGGCCCUGCUGCUACACAUAGUAGCAGGGGCAGCACAGGCCAUCUUCCUCCACCCCCGGGGUCGCACCUUCAGCAACUCCAUGGGUCUGGAGUCCUUACGGAUCAUACAAAAUUACAGUAUUUGGGCAACAUGCAGGUCCAUCCUGCACACAGUGGCAGCGGAGGACAUCAUCCGCCACCACCGCCCACCCAGGGACCGCCCCAGUCCGCCCAUCCGCCACCACCGCAACCGAUACCGAUCGUGAAGCCGGAGUUCAAGGUGCCACCGAUACCGGCCCACCUGAUGGAUGUGCGUGGUCCGGAUGGGUCGCUGGUCAAGAUUAACAUGCCGGAGCAUCACGAUCCGAGCAAACCGCCGAACAAUGUGGAAAUGCUGAAGGUGAACAUUGAGGAUCUCAGCCAGUUUCUGUCAUACCACGAGGUGUUCGGCAAGCUGCCCUCCGACAUGCUGACGGGCCCGUCCGCUAGUUUAGUGCCAUCGUCCUCUACCAACACCGCAACGACCAGUGCGCAUAGCAAUGGUAAAUUAAAUCACAUCCGUCAGCAUACGGGCGAAUCUCCGUUCAAGUGUAGCUACUGUGCGAAAAGCUUCACCCGUAAGGAACACCUGACUAACCACGUUCGCCAGCAUACCGGUGAAUCGCCUUACCGAUGUCCGUACUGCGGUAAAACGUUCACCCGAAAGGAACAUCUUACGAACCAUGUCAGAUUGCACACAGGCGAAACACCCUACCAGUGCACAUACUGCGGGAAGAAGUUUACGAGAAAAGAACACCUUACCAAUCAUGUCAGAUUGCAUACCGGUGAAACGCCAUUUCAGUGCACUUACUGUGAGAAGAAAUUCACUCGCAAAGAGCAUUUAACCAAUCACACAAGGUUGCACACCGGCGAGACUCCUUUUCAAUGUUCUUAUUGUCAGAAAAAGUUCACUAGGAAAGAACAUUUAACGAACCACGUCAGGUUGCACACCGGCGAGACACCUUUUCAGUGUUCUUAUUGCCAGAAGAAGUUCACUCGCAAAGAACAUUUAACGUACCACGUCAGGUUGCACACCGGCGAGACUCCUUUUCAAUGUUCUUACUGUCAGAAAAAGUUCACUAGGAAAGAACACUUAACGAACCACGUCAGGUUGCACACCGGCGAAACUCCUUAUCAGUGUACCUAUUGCGACAAAAAAUUCACUCGCAAAGAGCAUUUAACCAACCAUGUCAGAAUACACACUGGAGAGACUCCCUAUCGGUGCACGUAUUGUGAGAAGAAAUUUACCCGAAAAGAACGUUUAACGUAUCACAUAAGAUGGCACACGGGAGAGACUCCGUACCAUUGCACGUACUGCGAGAAAAAGUUCGCCCGCAAAGAGCACCUUACUAAUCACGUCAGAUUGCACACAGGAGAGACCCCUUAUCAAUGCACAUAUUGUGAAAAGAAAUUCAGUAGAAGAGAGCGUUUAACGAUUCACACAAGAAUCCAUACCGGAGAGACUCCGUACGCAUGCACAUAUUGUGAUAAAAAAUUUAGCCGCAAAGAACGAUUAACGUAUCACAUAAGAUUACACACCGGAGAAACUCCCUAUCAGUGCACGUAUUGCGAGAAGAAAUUCACUCGCAAAGAGCACCUUACAAAUCACGUCAGAUUGCACACCGGAGAAACUCCCUAUCCGUGUACGUACUGUGAAAAGAAGUUCACACGCAAAGAGCAUCUUACCAAUCAUGUCAGAUUGCACACCGGCGAGACCCCGUAUCAGUGCACCUAUUGUGACAAGAAAUUCACGCGUAAAGAGCAUUUGACUAAUCAUACAAGAUUGCACACCGGAGAAACUCCUUAUCAUUGCACCUAUUGCGAGAAGAAAUUUAUGCGCAAAGAACAUUUAAAGAACCAUAUCAGAUUGCAUACCGGAGAAACUCCGUACCAAUGUACGUACUGCCAGAAGAAAUUCACGCGAAAAGAGCAUUUAACGAACCACACCAGAUUGCAUACGGGAGAAACACCUUACCAGUGUUCUUACUGUCAGAAGAAGUUCACCCGCAAAGAACAUCUCACGAAUCACGUCAGGCUGCACACCGGCGAGACUCCCUACACGUGUACCUACUGUCAGAAGAAGUUUACGCGUAAAGAGCAUUUGACGAAUCACGUCAGAUUGCACACUGGCGAGACUCCCUUCCAGUGCACGUAUUGCCAGAAGAAAUUUACGCGAAAAGAACAUUUGACCAACCAUACCAGAUUACACACCGGUGAGACUCCGUAUCAUUGCACCUAUUGCGAGAAGAAGUUCAUGCGAAAAGAACACCUUACGAAUCAUAUCAGAUUGCACACCGGAGAAACUCCCUAUCAGUGCACGUAUUGCGGGAAGAAAUUCACCCGAAAAGAGCAUUUAACAAAUCAUGUCAGAUUGCAUACCGGAGAGUCUCCCUAUCGGUGUUCGUACUGUAACAAGUCAUUCACCAGAAAAGAGCACCUCAAGAAUCACGUCAGAUUGCACACGGGCGAUUCACCGCACAAAUGUGAGUACUGCAACAAAACGUUCACGCGGAAGGAGCAUCUCAACAAUCACAUGCGUCAGCACAGCGGAGACAAUCCACACUGCUGCAAUGUGUGCAACAAAACGUUCACCCGGAAGGAGCAUUUGAUCAAUCACAUGAGCCGUUCGCACACGGGUGAGCGACCUUUCCAGUGUGACGAGUGUGGCAAAUCGUUCCCACUCAAGGGUAAUCUGCUGUUCCACCAGCGGAGCCACACCAAGGGCCAACCGAUGGAUCGACCGUUCCGGUGUGACAUGUGCCCGAAGGAUUUCAUCUGUAAGGGCCAUCUGGUGUCACACCAGCGGUCACACACGGGCGAGAAGAACCAUCACUGCCCGCAGUGCAGCAAAUCGUACGUCGAGCGGGGCAAUAUGUUGCGACACAUGAAGAAAACGCACCCGGACGCGGUCAUUCCGGUGCUACCGAAGUUGCCACACAUCAAGGUGGAACCGAAGUCUACCGUAUCUCAGCCCGCGUCCGUGGUGACGUCGCCGGCUCAGGCCACGUCAACAAUAACGUCGAUUAUCUCCAACAAUACUCACCCAUCGCAGCAUCACCAUCACAUUCAACCGAAAAUGGAACAGAAAUCUCAGAUACAUCAUCUUCCGCUUCCUCAUCAGCAUCCAGCUCACCAGCUGCACCACCACAUCUCGGCGGGCCACCCGCCCCCACCGCCAUCGAUGCAUCUGCCGCCGCCAAAUCCGCAGUUGGCAGCGCUCGCCCUCCAUCAUCAGGUCCAGCAGCAGCAUCAGCAGCAGCAGCAACAACAGCAGCAGCAACAGCCGCCGCAAUCUUCGCCUUCAACGGUACGAACCCAGCCAUCCCCUCGUACAUCACAUCCGCCGCCGCCGCAUCCACAGCAGCAGCAACCGCAGCAGCAGCCGCCGCCGGAAAGCCACCAGCAACAGGGACCGGGCCCAGCUGGACCCCUUCCACCUCAGCACCAUACGGUCCCGGUUACUAUUAUAACCCAUGCUGGAAGCAUUAAUCCCGGCAACAUGCCGGUAGUGGAUGGUAGCGGCGUUGCCCCACCGAACGGUCGGGUCGGCACGAUCCAGAUGCAUCAUCUUGCGGCGGCCCAGCAGCAGGCGCCCGAAGAGCAUUCGGUGGUUUAUUGAAACAACGGCAUCGGUGGCGGUAGUGUUGUCUCUACUGCUACUCCU